AAUAACCACCAUUCAUUUCUCUCUCUCUCCCUCGCUCUCUCUUCCUAAAAUGGGAUGCUGUUGCGACCAAGACGACGACGUUGAGAUCCUGAGGCACCUCAAUCCUUCGCCGCCCGUUCAGUCUCUGCCGCCGGAACCUCCACCGGAGGAUUCCUCCGCUGUCGUACUGUCUCCAAUGAACUCUCACUUUCUUGCUCUCUCCUGCCGCGACAUCCUCCGCCUCAUCUUCGAGAACCUUUCCAUCCCCGACUUGGCUCGUUCCAGCUGCGUUUCCCGUCUUUGGCACUCCGUUGCUUCCGAUCAGGAAAUUGUCUCCGGAGCUUUCAAAGCGCCGUGGAAGGUGAAAGAUGUGGUCGGGAAGCCGAGCUCCUGGAGCUUCUGGAGAGAUAAUUGCCUUGGGAAGUUUGCGAUCUCUCAUCGAAUUCUCCGUGGCGAUAGCUUGGCUAGUUUAGCCGUCAAGUAUUCGGUUCAGGUUACAGACAUAAAACGUCUGAACAACAUGAUAAGUGACCAUGGCAUAUACUCAAGAGAGAGAUUGUUAAUCCCCAUUGGCAAUCCCAAUAUACUCAUUAACAGUAUAUGCUACAUUGAGAUGGAUGCUAUCGCAAAACGGGAAGUUGCGGUGUUGUAUUUGGAUGGAAUCCCCAUAACCCAUCAUUUGUAUGGUAAAGAAACAUGUGAACGGGGUAUGUCUUCUGUUCAAGUGAACAAGCGGGUACUUCAUUUAUUGAGUCGGAGCAUGAUGGUUGAUGACGAAACCGCUCAAUAUUACUUAUCCAUUUCCAAUGGCGAUCCUCGAGCUGCUCUUACAGAAUUCGCUGAGGACAUCAGGUGGGAGAGGCAUUUGAGCAUUGCCUAGUUUCAGAAAGGAAGAUUGUUGCUUUGGAGUAAAGAUAAUGUGUAAAUUAUUCAGGUGCUUUCUACUGGAAUGUGUUGAUCUUCUACUCCAUAUCCACAAAGAAUGAUCAGAUUAAGAAUCCAUAUCCCACACCAGUUCACUCCCUGGCUCAUUGGUAUGUACAUCUACAUUCUUACUAUCAUUUGAGUGAGGCAUUUGGCCUUGUUUCAAUAUUGUAUAUAUGUGACGUGUUUUCAUAUUACUUGAAGAUGAUGAUGCUCUAUUAUCUGUAUCUGUAGAUCGAAUGUCCGUUAAGGCAAAGACAUUGUACACAAAAACUACUUUUCCUCUAGAAUUCAUGUCUAUAAAGAUUGAAUUAGGGGUGGAACUGAGUCUGUUUGUGCUACUUUUUGUUUGCUAUUAAGAUUGUUAAGCUAAGUAUAUUUUAAGUUAAA